UUGUAAUUGCAAAUGGCUGACAUAAUGAUAAAGGAUGGAUCUUGAUUUCGCAUGCCCAAAACUAACAAUUCUAAAAAUGCCGUAUAAUAUUCACACGUGCUAAUUUGAAUAGUGUUUCUUGUUGAAAUUAUUGUCAUAAUUAUACAUGAAUUACACGUAAGUGGGAUAAGUGUAACAAAGUACGCGGGAAAAAAAUGACUCGUGGCCGGAGACACGCGCCCUCAGUUAAACUCAUCCGGUAACCGUUUCGAGGCACGUAAGCGCGUGGAAUUUCGAAUUAAUCGAUAGCAUUGUGAUUCUACGUGGUCGUGGUCAGCAAAUAUCGUUUAUAAUAUAAAAUGUGUUACAAUACCGUUGAUAAAAAAUAUUUGUAUAAGAUAUAACGUAUAUAAUCAUCAGAAGAAGGGAAUCAAAUAACAAAACCUUUUAAUAUAAAGUAAAAUAAAGUAAAAAUGCCUGCUGUAAGCAUUUGUGACCCGGUUGCGGCCACUCUUCGUCGUACAUUGGAAACUAAUCAGUCCAAAACAUCAGACGAUUUAACAAUAAAUUUAGUUACCAGUGCAUCAAGAAUUCUUCAGUCAGAAAUUCAAUAUAAAGAAGUUGAUGAUUAUCAAACAACAAUUCUAGAUCAACUUAAAGCAAAAUACAUUGUAUUAAGUUUACCAAAUUCUGAAAACUCGGAUGAUAAAAUGAAGGAUGGUGCAAAUUAUAUAAAGAAAAAUGAAAAAGUAUCUAAAGGACUCAGCUUGCCAGAGCCAACAGUUACUUUAUAUUCUCCAAAGAAAGUUAGUCUAGGGUGGAAGGGUACAUUUCCUGUUGGGGCUGGCAUGUAUAAUGUUGGAAAUACAUGCUAUUUAAAUAGUACUCUUCAAGCUCUGUUUCAUGUACCAGCGCUUGUAAAUUGGUUAUUGUCAGAUUCUCAUCAUACAUCAAAGUGUGAACAAAAUGAUGGAGGUGGAGAAUGCCUUACAUGUGCAGUGGCUAAGACUUUACAAUCUAGUCACCAAAAAUCAGGAUGUGCUAUCAAGCCAUUCUACAUAUAUAACAAAUUAAAACUUAUUUGUCGAACCAUGGUGCCAGGGCAACAAGAAGAUGCUCAUGAGUUUUUACGUUAUUUAUUAGAAGGCAUGGAAAAAGCCUACUUAGCAAGACACAAAGCUAGUAAACUAGACAGCUAUUCUAAAGAAACAACACCUAUCAACCAAAUUUUUGGUGGUUACAUUCGUACUGAAGUAAAGUGUCUACAAUGUCGACAUGUUUCCACUACUUUCCAACACUUUCAAGACUUAUUAGUUGAUAUACGUAAGGCAAGCACUUUGGAUGAAGCAUUAAGUAGCUAUUUUAGCCGUGAACAACUAGAUAACAAUGAUUACAAAUGUGAAGCUUGCAAAAGAAGAGUUCCUGCUACGAAACAAUUUAGCUUAGAACGACCCCCUAAAGUGCUUUGUGUGCAAUUAAAAAGAUUCAGCGUUCUAGGAGGAAAAAUAUCUAAACAUAUAGGUUUCAAGCAAACUAUAGAUAUGGGCCCUUAUCUUUGGAAAGAACCAGGCGAACCUAUGCAGUCACUUACAUAUAAGCUUAUGUCAAUAGUUACACAUAUGGGUCCAUCGGUUAAUUGCGGGCAUUAUACUGCAGUUGCGAAAGUCUCAACAGGCCAAUAUUAUUCCUUUGAUGAUUCUUGUGUUCGUCCACUUAGUUUGAGUAAUGUAUUCAGUACAAAUGCUUACAUAAUGAUCUUUGAGAUGGAACAACAAACGCAAUCUCAGGUUCAAACUCAACAGACUGUCAAAUUAAAUGGUACAAUGACUGUGAACAACACAUUAUCUUCAUCAGGAAGCCCUAUGAAUAAAACUAUAACUCCCAAGGCAUCAACAUCUGGAUUACACGCAUUAAAUGGAUUAAUCAAUGGCACAUCAAUUAGUAAAGAUAACACAGAUAAUUCAGAAACGAAUUUACAGAUAUCAACAAAUAAAAAUGCGGGACUUCAAUUUAAUACCCAAAAAAGCACGAAUUUUAUCGGGCCACAGUUACCACAAAAAUUACAAGAUAAGUCUCAACCAAGAUUAAUUAUGCAUAUUAAAAAUGGGAAAAUUUUGAAUGGAAAUAGCUUAGUUCCUUAUGAUGGAUCUAGUGAAGAAGAAGAUGUUAAUUUUAUUGCAACAUUAAAAAAUCAUACAAAUUCAAAUACACUUGCAAAAACAAACACUUCUGCUAGUACUACUAAUGGUACACAGAAAUGUUCCCCGACAAAAAAUGGUUCCCCUAAAGCAAAUCUUAAUGUAUCAAAGACAAAUGGUAGUAGUGUAUCUCAGAAUCAAAGUAAUGUAACGCAAUGUACAAAAACACAAAAUGGUUCUAGCUGUAGUACCAUUACAAGUACAAUAAAGUAUCAAAAUGGUAAAUCAGAAACAAAUGGUAAAACAGAAAAUAGUAAUAAUAAUAGCAAAAGUAAGUGGCAUCAAUCUGUUAGAAAAACAGGACAGGACGAUAAAGUAAUUACAAAAGCUUCAAGCAGUAGUAUGAAAGGUUGGCAAGUUUCAAAAGAUACAUCUUUUUCUGCUACAUCAACUAUAACACCAAACGGAUGGUCCGUGACUGAUAAGGAAGAUAUCCAUAAAAUUAGUCAAAAUAAUACCACACCAAGUGCUGCAGCUUUAAGAGAUUUCAAUGGAACAAAUCGUUCCGAUACAGUUUCCCAUUUAUUAAAGAUGUCUCACCGUGGUUAUGGCAGUUCUUCGGUUGCAAAUUGGAAUGGUAACAGAACACACUUAGAUAGAGAAGUUGAUAAUGAUAGAAGAGAAGAACGUAAGCGACAUUUCAAUGCAGACGAUGAAGAAAUCGAUCGUGGCCGAGUCAAGAAAGUAAAAGAUCAUCGAACAUAUGAAGAAAGAAGUAACUCGGGGUAUAAUCCUUUCCAGGAAUAUCAAAAUGGCAAAACGUGGAACCGAUCUCUUGGUGGUUAUUACCGGAGACAUUACUAUAAUACUUCCAAUAAUGCACGACCACGGCAUGGCAGAAAUUAUAGGCCUCCGCAUUACAGAUAUCAUAAUCAUUCUCGUGCACAUUGGCAACGAGAAUAAGAUAAAAAAGAUAAGUUGUUGAGAAAAAAUUUCGAAAGCAAUCCAACGUCGAAAGACUUCGUUAGGUUUCAAUUACUAAAGCAAAUUAUAAUUUUUCAAUACGUUAAAAUUAAAAUAAAGAUGUGGCAGUGUUGAUUUAGAUAAUUAAUGUUGGACAUUAAUAGAUAUUCAACAUUCAUUAUAAUAAAUCGCUAAACUGCAUCGUAACAACCAUGCAUGUUCCUGACAGAGUAUUCAUGUACUAUAUUGUUGUUUGUAGCUCACGUACGUAUGUGGACAUUGUACUACACAGUACAGGGGGGAUGAGUAUCAAUAGCUCUGCCAAUCUUGUGUUCAGUAUGAGCGAAGUAAAAUUUAUUAUAAAAUUGUACUAUACUAUAUGUGCGUUAUUAAUUUAGACUGCGUAUUAAAGAAAUAUGUGUAUGGAUGCAAUGGUUAAGAGUUUAAACAGUAUAUCGCUAAAUGUUUAAAAUUUUCUUGUUGACUUUUUUAUACUUUAGUUAUGGUCAUAAAAUUAUGUUCUUAUUUCAUUUGAAGUAACUUUCAUAUUACAUAACAAUGUAAAAAUCUUUAAUAAGUAUUUUAUACUAAUCUUAUGUUACUUAUAUUGAUACUAUUAUUGAAUUAAAAUUGUAAACACAAUAUUUGACAUAUAUAUAUAUACUCGGUGUUUAAUUGCUCAUAGAACUUGAUAAGUGUCCAUACAUUUUCAGACAAAAAAGGAAUGCAUGUUAAUCAACAAAAAAUAAAGUUAUGUGUAAAAAUAAGUUGGUUUUAACGACACGAAGAUAAAAUUAAGUUAAAGAAAAUAUUUUGAAAAUUUUAUGUCAACAACAUCUUUCGUUUAUCAUAUAAUAAUCCGUCCUUUGUUUUAGUUAACAAAGAUACUCCUCCCUCAUCGAGCUGUAACAAAAAACAUUCAAUUAAGCAGUCAAUCUUGCUCGAUCAAGAAACGUGGUCUUCGUCAUCGCUUACUGAAGAGAAAUAUAUUCAUAAUAAUUACAAUGAUUAAUCAAUAAGUGAAUGAUUUCUCUUAACAUGGUGAAUAUGCAUACUUGUGAAUACAUGUGACUUCAAUUCUCUUUUUUUAACAUUAUAUAUAUAUAUAUAUAAUAUAUAAUAUAAUAUAUAUUAUAAUAUUAUAUAUAUAAUAUAUUAUAUACAGGUAAUUCCAGAAUGUUUGUGGAACUUGUGAAUAAUUGAGUGAAGAGUGUUUAAUGGUAAUGGAUUAAUAGUAUCAAGUUAUUGAAAUAUUAAUUUCAAAAGAAAAGAAAUUGUAAAUUACAUAUAUAAGCGUAGAAUUUUAAUAUUAUGGAUUUUUCAUAGAGCAUUAAAAAUUGCAAAGCCAUAGAUAAUUUGUUAAGCCAAGGAUAAAAAAAAGCUGGCUUUUUCGCCUGCUCGUUAUAUAUAAUACCUCGUUAUAUUAUUCUACAAAUUAAAUAUUAGCCAAAAAAAAGAGAUAAACAACCAUACGUUAAAAUCUGAUGAUUGUUACAGAUUUUAUGGUACUCGAUAUUUUUCAAAAGAUAUAUGACUUGGACGUACAUGCUGGACCUGUAUCUUUAUCCAAGAUAUUAGUCGCAAUUGAAUAAUCACACUAGCUUGAUAUUGCGGUGAAUACAAUAUAAUUACCGUAAUAUAGCCUUAAAUUAAGCACCAUGUUAUUACAUGCGCUAAAAUAUAAUAACAAUGGUUUGUGCAUUGUGUAAAUUCAUGUAUCAUUUGAAGAAUGAGAUUUGAAGUUCUAUAAAAUCGGUACAUCUGAUACUGUAAACGUAUGUGAUAUUGCUCUGUACAGAGGUGAACAACAACAAACACCAGAUUUAAUUUAUGUAUGAAGUAUCAUAAAUAAAACGGAAAUUGUCGUUUGUACAACA